CGAAACCCUACCACAAUCCCAUCUCCUUCUCAAAACCACACAAAACCUUCAAACCCUCAUCAAUGGCGGGCCAACGGAGGAGGCCAAGGACCCCUACCCAUCUUCUUUUCCUUAUCUGAAUCCCUCCAUGGCCUCCUCCUUCGACGAUGACGAUGAUUUCGAUGAGUAUAAUCCCCAUCCCUACCAGGGCGGCUACAACAUCGCUCUUACAUAUGGCUCUCCCCUUCCUCCUUCUUCGGCUACUUGCUAUUCCAUAGAUGGCGUUUUCCCUGCUUCUUCUUAUCCUCCGGUGAGGUCUUCGGACGGGGAUGAUGCCGUGGUCGUGCCGGAUCAGCCGCAGCAGGUGGAUUUAGGGUUUCCUUGGUACGAUCAUCUAGCUUUGGGUUCUUUUGGGGCUGGGCGUGGUUGGGAUUAUGCUGAGGAGAAUUCGCAUUGGAGACCGCUGAGGCGGGCUUUGGAGUAUCUCUUUGGGUAUUCUCAUGGUUUUGGCGAGCGGAGGAUUGGGGUUGAUAGUUAUGGGAUUCCGAUCUAUGCUAACAAGAAGCCUGGGGGCGAGAUGGCGCUUUCCGUGCAGGUCCAGCCUGCAAUCAAUCAGAAGAUUGAAUUCCAUGAGUGGCCAUUGGUGAACGGGGAGGAGAGUGCGGAGAGUGCGGGGAGUGCUGAGAUUGAGACCAAUCCAAAUGAGAGGUCUUUCUAUGCCUAUGAGAACUAUGGAAAUGAGAAUUAUUAUGGAAAGGAGAUUUCUUUCUAUGAUUAUGAUAAUCGUGGAAAUGAGAGUUCUUUCUAUGCUUAUGAGAACCAUCACUAUGAGGAGCCUGCUCAUGUUCAAUUCAGAGAACAAGUUGUGCCUUCUUGGUCGUGGGAUGCAUUUAAUCACAAGGAUUAUAUGGAGCAAGGGAGGGAGGAUGAAAGCUAUUCCUAUGGAAAUCUUAUCUAUGCAUAUGAGAAGCAGCAAUAUGAGCAGCCAUUGAGUGUUGAGGUUCAGCCAGUUGAGCAUGGUUGGGUGGAACAAUUGGAAUAUCAUGAGGUUUAUGAGGAACAGCCAUCCUUCGAGUCUUCCAAUUGGUAUUCUUCAUCAUAUGGUGAAUGGGGGACUGAGAUGCAUGCCAGUGAGAAUUCUCAUUAUGAUUAUGAAAGAAGAAACUAUUCUGAGCAACCUGAAUACUCUGAACUUGAGCCUUAUGAGCCAACUUGGUCUCAGUUCCCAGGCUAUCUUCAGGAUUACAAGGAUGAGGUACCUCAUGAAUACAAUAAGGGUGAUGACCCAACAGACAUUGUUGCCCAACUUUUCUCUCCUUUCCACUACCCCGUCUAUGAUGUAUGAUCAACAAGCACUGUACAACUCUGUAAAAAGGUUGUAUUAUGUCAGGGGUUAGGCACGUAUAAUAAGUUUCGGCUUCAUGACUGAAGUAUGGGUUGGCAAAAGUGCCGUUAUAUCUUAUGCUUCAUUGAAGGAUGGAACCAUAGCAUGUUGUAUGUACCAAAUAAUGCUUCAAGCAAUUCCAACCCAUUCAACAAAAAUGUAAAUAUUGUAAAUGCCUGAAUUGUAAACACUAUAUAAACAUAUCACUGCUUGAAUUGUAAAUGCUAUAUAAACAUAUCACACUGCCUUUGCUUUUGUUGUUGUUUUAUGUAUAAUCUCCCUUUGAACUCCUUUUUUUUUUA